AUGUGCAUUCUCUGUCAACCUAUGAGGGGCGCCUCGAGGCAGCUGACGACCGUGAGCUGCCCCACUCGCAGCUCCCUGCACACGGAGUGGGGCUGCCCGGAUGGCGAGCUCGGGCCAGAGCUCCUCGUGGACCCGGGCUUCUCGGGCGCUGCCUGGGGGACCUACCUCAAGGAGCCAGGCGGCGCCAGCUUCAGCUUCACCGGUAACGGCGUGGCCGUCGAUGCGGCGGCGGACGAUGAUGAGACGCCGUGGCACGUGCAGCUGACACAGGCGAUCUCUCUGGAACAAGGUGGCGCCACGGAGUCUUUUUAUAGCCUGUGCGUCCAAGCAUCUUCCACGGAGGCCGGCACGAUCCAAUUCGCUGUGGACGCCGACGGUGCCCUCAACUUUGCUGUGGCCGGGGGCGACGUGCGUUUGACGAUGUUUUUGUGGGCGUAUCUCGGUAUUUCUCAGACACACGGGCCGGGUGAUGACUCGCUAGACUGCCUUCACGAGACUGGGACCAGAUUGGCCGGCGAUGGCCGGUUCCGCAACCAUUGCUUUGGCUUCCGCUUGGGGCCGUCGGAUUUCACAUACCAAGGGCGUGUUUCCCUGGACUUGGGCGCCGUGAAAGACGUGAAGGUAUGUCAUGCAUCGCUCAAGCGCUGCGCGGUGCGCCCCAGGGUGGCUGGCAUCACGCCGGUGAGGCGGUGCCACCUCGCUCCGCUGUCGCAGGGGCUGGGCUGCACUCUGCUGGACAGCCAGAGCGGUGCAGAGUUCCGCGAGAAUCGGCAUGGCCAGGCGACUUGUCUCCAGAUCAGCGGGGAACUGGUAAGGAAACCGCCGGAAAGCGAGCAUGCUUGCGAGAGCAGCGACGAGUUCCGACUCCAAGGCAGCGCGGUGAAAGAGCUCAGAUUUCUGCUUGGCAGAAGCCCGGACAAGGUGCAGAGGUUACAGCCGUGGAACUCCCUGGCCCUGACGCUAUCCAGCAUUUCUAUGUAUUUCUUGUACCUUUUGAGCGGCAAGGAAGUCUUCAGCGAGCUUUGCGAGUACAACGAGACGGUGGCUGGGCGCCGGGGCGCCGAGAAGAGGCCUGAUGUGACCAGUCGCCAGUGUACGUCGUACGUACAGCUCUGGGAGUGGAACUUCGAUGACAUCGCAAAGGAAGAGGCCUCCGCGCAGUGCUUGCCGGAUGCCGUGCCGCCGAGCCUUCGGAAGCUCCUUCAGAGCGACGCUGCAAGAUUCCCAUUGGGAAUCUGGGUCAAUGGGAAUCCCCAGGAUCUAAUCAUGAGCGCCAUCUUUGAAACACGCAGCCAGGAGGUGCUGGGCAUAAACACGUCGGUGUCACAGCAGCGACGGCGCAGCGUUGCAGACGGGUUCUAUGCCCUGGCAGGAUGCGAGGCAAACGAGCCACAAUGGAAUUGCCACGGCGCAGAGUCGAGGAUGCACGUCAUGCUGGGUGCCUUCGUGGUAUACAGCGAAGCCCAGCUCGAUCAGGUGCAGCGCUUGCGAGUGGGUGGCAUCUUGGAGCGAGCGCUUUUCGACCAGGCGUACAGGGAGCAUACCGCAUCCCUGGACUUCUUUCGCACAUACGCAGCUGAGGCUGCAGAUUCUGUAGGCAGCUUCAGGAACGUCUUCGCCAGGAUAGGCGACUUCGACCCUGCAGACCUCUCCUGCCACUGCCAUGCAUCAUCACAUGUUGGCUCGGUGCAGUGUUAA